AAGUCACAUGGCAAAUCCAACAUGGAAGUCAUUGUUGGUACAUAUGAACAAGUUCUCGUUGGUUUUGACGUCCUCUUUGGUGAAGAUGAGCUUGAGUAUAGGCUUAAACCGAAAUUCGCUGAAAAAGAACACGCUGGUUGCAUCAAAUGUGCGGCCAACAGCGGUGAAUAUCUUGCAACUGGUAGUUCGGAUGAAACUAUAAGGUUAUAUAAUCUCAAAGACCAUCGAGAGUUGGGUGCAUUAAUGCAACAUGAGGGUACCAUAACUUGUUUGGCAUUUCACAGCAGUACUCACAUGUUAAGUGGUAGUGAGGAUAAGACAAUAUGUGUUUGGGAGUGCCGCACAUGGGACUGCCUUAAAACUUUAAAAGGCCAUAGAGGUCAUAUAAAUUCAGUUUCUGUUCAUCCAUCUGGGAGACUUGCUCUCUCUGUAGCAAAGGACAAGACACUAAGAACAUGGAAUCUUGUGACAGGCAAAUCAGCAUAUGUUACCAAUAUCAAGGAAGCUGCCCUUCUUGUGAAGUGGUCCCCUGCUGGCGAUAGCUAUGCUGUGGCCAUUGGAACAAAAGUAGUAGUUUACAAACUUGCUACUGCUGCCUUAUCCUUUACAAUGGAGUUUUCCAGAUAUGUGUUGGCAUUGGAUUUCCUCUCGGAGAACAUCCUGGCUGCAGGAGGAGAAUUUGAAGGGAUACGAAUUCUGGACAUAGAGAAGGAGCAGUGUCUACAGACAGUGAAAGGGCAUGCUAGCAGGGUGAAAGAUCUCUGCAUGACUGAAGAUUUGCUUAAAGAGGACACCAGACGUUUGCUGUUGUUUUCAACAUCGUCCGAUGGAGAUUUAAGAGGCUGGGCCUUCAACCCGGACAACUUUGAAGAAGAAGCUAUGCUCGUGACCAGAUAUCAAGUGCCUGGUAGACCAACAUGUUUGACUGUCGUGGGUCGGAGAUCGCCUCCCACCAAGGUUGAAACUGCGGCCGAGGCAAUGGUUGUGGAGCCUGCAGAGCCUAUGAAGGAGAAAAAGAAGAAAGAGAAAGGAAAGGCUGACAGACGAACCACAAGUACUUCAGCUGACGAACCUAAAAAGAAAAAGAACAGGACAAAGAAGAAAAAGUCUACAAAAAUUCGAGCCGGUUCAGGCAAGAAAACAGCGAAAGGAGCAAACAACACGCCUGAACAGACGAAAGAUGAAACGGGAGCCAUGGAGGCGAAUGACACUGGCGAAAGCGAUGAAAAUAAUGAUGAUGGAGAAGACGAGGAAAAGACACCAGGGUUACAAAUCUCUUGAAGACUCAAAAGCUGUAUCUAAGGAGUUUUUUGCACUCGUUGUUGUCCAGUGGCAAAGUAGACGAAGGUACUUCCGGCGGAAGUCAUCAGUUCAGCUUGACGCACUAAAGUGAAACAUAUACGCUGACCAAGGUAUAUGCUGACCAAGGAAAUGGUGAUCGUCAGCUCAAUCAAUUCUGGAAAUAGAACCGGUUCUCAAAGCUACCAACCUUUGUCCAGUGAUUGAAGCCGAAAAUACGUGUUGACACACGUCUUUUGAGAACUAUAGAAUUUUGUCUUAUGUGGCUAUUUUGUCAUUUAAAGUUGCCUAACUUAGUUCGCAACUCGAUCUCGCUUGCGGCAGAAACCGCGAAAGGUUCUUACGGCCAAGAAAAGCGUCCGUUUUCUUCGGUUCCCUUCGAUUAGUAACCUGACUUGCAGUCCGGCUACACCUGUGUUAUCGUCUGUGUAGCCUGAGGCAACAGGCGUUGUUGCAUGCGAUACUUCGGUCGCCACGAAUAUUACGCGGCGGUCAGAAGGAGUGCACAAAACAGAGCCUGUUAACUCGACAGUCACCGGAAAACACGUUAAUCGUUAGUGACGUAAGGUGGAUUUUGGAAGAAACAGUUUAUUGUCAAGUUAGUGUCAAUAUAUGAAAUAGACUGGAGAAUGCCUGAUCGUUGGUUAACCAUAUUAUUGAAUAUAUAGCGCUAGGUUACAGUCCUUAUGUGGAAAUCUGAUAUACAAGGCCGAAAAAUGAGUUAAUAAAAAAAAUAUCCAAAUUAAAA